AUGGAUCUCUUCUCAAGCUUCUUCUCUCCUUCAUUUGCGCCGAACGUAGAACCUGCCACCACUUGCCUCCAGGCCCACGAUGCCGUCAUUGGCUCGUUACCCGCUUCACAUUCGAACGUCAAUGCCGUCGCGGUGAAUCAAAAUCUCGCCGUCAUCCCGGGCAAUUGGGAGAGCGGUGAUUUGAGUGCGUAGUAGACCCGUGCUUCCCUCGGUGCGAGCAAAGUCAUUGACACUGGACUCAGCAUCUCCCCUCUACGACAUUGUUCCAGACGAACCAUGCGUAGCGAACGCUCUGUCCCAAGUCAAGAAGUCCGACUUCAUCGCUUUCGACUCUUCCUUCCUCGACAUCAUCGGUCCUGAAGCGAAGCUGGAACGCAUCCAAGCCUUCCCAAGCAAUGCACAGAACGUCCACGAAGCACCCGUAUACCUUCCGGAGACGAACGAAUUGCUCUACUCCGAUACCUCCCUCGCCGGCGUGCUCUUCGCACUCAACAUCGAUACGCACAAGGUACGUCGACAACAUAUCCUCCACGAACCCCAAUCCCACCAGUCAACUUCUUCUCACCUCGUCUCGUCUCGUCCUUCUCUCUAGAUCCGCAACAUCACCCUCCACCCGCCCCUCCAGAACAUCAACGGCGCAACCCCCCAUCCAAACGGCCUCGUCUACAUCGCCACAAACGGCGGUCCCGUCCGCGGUAUCUUCUCCCUCAACACCACUUCCGGCCAAACCACCCCGCUCCUCAACAACUAUCGCGGUCGACAUCUCAACUCCCCCAACGAUCUCAUCUUCUCCUCCUCCGCAUCACACCUCUACUUCACCGACCCCACCUACGGAUCCGACCAGUCCUGGCCGGGCGUCCAAGCCCCCGAACUCCCCAAUGCCAUCUAUCGAUUCGACCUGAAGACGAAGAAUCUCGUCGCGCUCUCCAACUCCGUCAUCGGGAAACCGAAUGGUCUCGCGCUCAGUCGCGACGAGAGGACGCUCUACGUGGCGGAUUCCUCCUCCACGACGUUCCAGCUCGCGGACCAGAGGGCCGUUUUCGCCUUCUCCCUCACCCGACUUGGUCUUCUCGAAAACCCUCGAAUGAUCCAUCAGAUUGAAUCCGGGUGGCCCGAUGGUUUACGCGUUACGCAUCGAGGCUAUCUGCUCGUGGCUGUAGCCGGUGGAGUCGAUGUCCUGAAUCCGAAAACGGGACAACUCUUGGGUAAGAUUAAUGCGCCUGAUGAUUGGAUUUUUAAUUUGGAGCCUGUGACAAGAGGGAAUGGGAAGGGAGAGGGGAUCUGGUUAUUGACGGGGAAGAACUAUAUCUAUAAGGUUACAGUGAAGGAAAGGGGGGUUGAACGAGGGGGUCUGGUGGAGGGGGUGCAGAAGGUUUUAGGACGAUUGAUCAUCCCGAGUAUUUGA